AUGAAAUCCUUUUCAAUUUUUCUUUCAUUGAAUCUUCUCCUUGCUGUUGUUGCUUUAUCUUCAGCAGCACCUCAUUCUCAACCCCAUCAUGCUGAACUCCUUCCAGUUAAUGCACCGUUAAUUAAAAGAGAUAACAAUUCUGAAAGUAAUGAUAAUAGUGAUGAUGAUGGUUGGACAAAAGGUAUAGCAGUGGCUUCUAAACCAAAACUUAGUCAGCGUGAUGAAGGUUCAGCACCACCAGUUGUUCCAGAAACUACAACAGUUGAUACACCUGCUCCUUCUGCUCCUGACGCAAAUUCCCCAAAGACCCAAGAUAACACUCCCCAAACUAAUCCGCCCCAAGUUAACACUCCCCAACCUAAUCUGUCCCAAGAUAAAACUCCCCAAACUUAUCCACCCCAAGAAAACCAACCCCAAAGUAGCAAUCCUGGCUUAAAUGCUCCAAAUACCCCAAGCUUGUCGACUGACACAUCAAAUCCCUUGGCUGAUGAUGGUGCAGACAGAAAAAAAGCCCCGGCAGCGACAAAACUACCUAAUAAACCAGGCACUAGUGUAACAACAGAAGCCUCAUCAAAAAACACAACUAUCACCACGGUCAAAAACGAAAGCGAAUCAAAUGUCAAAUCAACAUUCUACGAGGCUGAUCAGCUCGAUAAUGCUGCUUGCUACGGACGUAACGGCCUUAAGCCCUACAAUGCCAAAUCAACUGACCUUAUUGCAGCACUACCAAUGUCGACUCUUGAUAUGUGCUACCAAUGUCUUGAGGUCAGAAAUAACGAUUCAAAGAAAUCAAUUAUCGUCAAAAUUAUCGAUAAAUGUGCAGGCUGUGCCCCGGGUUGCAUCGAUUUAACUCCUGGUGCUUUCGCCCAACUUGGUCAACUUAAACAAGGGGUUCUCAACAUAGCUUGGCGCGCCGUCAAAUGCCCUGCAAGUGGGCAAUGGCCAAAUUAUGAAAAUUCUACUUAA